AUGGUAUUCUGUUGUUGUCCCAGGUCCACGGACAAAGUAGAAGCCAAAAAGGAUGAUAAACCAAAGGAAGAAUCAGCAAAAGAAAAAGUUGUGACAGAAGAGCCCAAACCUAGCAAUAAUAAUGUCUCGGCCAAACCGAACUCACCUCCGCCCGCUCCGCCAUUGCCUGACAGUAAACCGGUCGAUAAUCCUCGGGAUUCUGAAGGUAAUUUUGGUGGAAAUUAAAUUUUUUUAGGUUUUUUUGAUUUUGGUAUUGACAUAAUGGCUUAAAAGUGGGCUGAAACGGAAGGCCAAAAUCGGCGGGAAUUUGAAAAUUCAGAAAUAAUAUUAAAAAAUUUUUGAAAAAAACGAAAAUACUUGUCUGAUAAUGAACAAAAAUGGUUUGUUAAAAAUUUUUAUCAAUUAAAAAUGAUUUUUGAAAAAAUGCCAAAAUUGGCGGGGAUUUGAAAAUCCAAAAAAAUUUUUUUUUUGUUAAAAUUAUGGCAAAACUUAACUAAUAAUAACUAAAAAUUGCUUUUUAAAUAAUUUUUAGCAGUUAAAAAAAGUUUUAACGGGAUGCCGAAAUUGGCGGGAUUUUUAAAAUUCAAAAAUUUAUUUUUUUGUUUUUUCCAAAACGACCUAUAUUAACAUAAAACAUAAUUUAACUACGACAAAGUCAAUAUUACUAAACCAAAUUUUAAAUUUCAGAAGCCCAAACACCUACAGAGCUACAGAAUCAGCAUGAAAGCGUCGAACUGGUCACGGUGGAGAAAACCGAAGUUUCUGUGAAUCCGGAAGGCUCUGAAACCGAAGAAAAUAUUAACAAUGAUAGUCAAGGACCUUUGGACGUUACUGAAGACGCUAUUAGUAGUACAGAAGCGGUAGAAACGGCCGAAUUGAGCGAAGAAGAAGCGCUGAAUCAAGAAGCAGAUCAAAUUUUGAGCACUGAAAUUGGCAACGUUGGGUUUGAGAAAGCUUCUGAAAAUGAUGGUAGUAUUGAUGUUUAUAGCCAGAACCUUACUGUAAAUAAUGGAGAGGAUCAUGGAGAAUCUGUUAGUCAUGGUGAAGGUGAAGAACAUUUGAACCAGCGUGAGAACGGCCAAGAAAAUAAUGAAAAUCCAGGCCAAAAUGAAGAAAAUAGCUCAGAAGUGGAAGAAAAUGCGACAGAAAAAGAUAAAAAUGAACUAGAAACACAAGCCGAAGCCUCAGAAGCCAUUAGAAGAGAUAUAGAAUUAAAUAUUGAAAAGCUGGAUAUACAAGAUUCAGAAGACGUGACGGUAGAAGAAGUCAAACCUCCUCCAGUAGCCAUUAUUGGAGCAGAAAAACCCACCGUUCCUCAAGGAACGUUCAAGUUCGAGAACGAUGACGAUGCUCCGGUAGAUUCUGAUGCGAGGUAAAGUACGAUGGAGAUAACAUGUUUUAAUUUGGCAUAUUAUAUUUUUGGUUUACUGUACUUGUAACUAAAUAAAAAGUUGUUGCACUGUAACUUGUAAUUACUGUAUGUUGUGUUUGUAAUUUGUAAUAAAUUGUUUUAUACUUUGGUUUGGUGUUGAUGUUGGUUUAUACUUCUAACAUAGUCUUAAGCCCUAGUCCAGAGUUCUAGCCUAGAGCUCUAGCCCAGAGUCAAAGCCCUAGCCCAGGGCUGUAGCCUAGAGCUUUAGCCAAGAGCCCUGGCUCAGAGUCCUAGUCCAGGGCCGUAGCCUAGAGCGUUAGCCCAGAGCCCUUGCCCAGAGCCCUAGCUCAGAGCCUUAGCUAAACCUAUGCCCUAUCCUAACAUCACAUUUGUCCUGGCCUAGCCGUAAACAUAGCUAUAAUGUGAUCACUUCCUAUAACUACCCUUGCCAUACUCUAACCUUAUAUUAGCCUUACUGUGUCCUUACCUUACUCCAACCUUGUCCUAGUCAUAAACUAACGUAGGUUUAGUUCUAAACCCAGCCUUAUUAACGCCAUGUUCUAUAAUAAAUAUAUCUACCUAUGCACUACCAAUGCUUCAACCUUACUUUACAUUACCCAUGCUUUAAUACUAAUUUCCUUUACAUUACCUAUGCUCUACUAAUGCUCUACCUUACUUUACUCUACCCUUGCCCUACUAUUGCUGUAACUUUUUUUAUUUAGAUUGUACUUUUGUCUCACUCUUGACUCCUUUGUUUUGCACUCUCACCUCAUUUUCUUAAUUUCACUACUACAAUAAUCAAAAAAUAUGCUAUUACAGUAAACAAAAUAUAAAAAAAUAUUUUAAAAUGUUAUUUCCAAGACCUUAAAGAACACUCAGUCAAUUGCAAGGUCAUAAAGAAUGGCAAAAGCUUAUCAAUUAUAUCAAUCAUAAUUUUCCAAACUCAUUUUGUUUUUGACAUGAAUAACAUGUCCAGUGCUGUUAUAAAUAGCUUUUUUUUGAUGUUCAACUAUUUUUAAUUUUUUUAAAAUUUAAGAUUUUUUCGAAAAUUUAUUGAAAUUAAAAAAAAAUUAAUUUUCAAAAUUUUCAAAAAUUAAAAAAAAAAUGUUUAGCUCCCAGAACUCCAGAAGACAGUCGAUGUGCGACGGAACGGCCAAACGUAACAUCCGCUUCACAACGCCAGCUGAAGCUCGGAGAUCACCAAAGGAACGAUACCUAUUUGUGACCUGUAUUAAUACAAAUGACAGUCGAAAGCCAGACGCUUUGAUGACGGUCGAUGUAAAUCCUGACAGUAGGUCAUUUGGUGAGGUAGGUUGUUACAGUAAAUGGUUUUUAUACAGCAUACUGUAGGCAAGAUAGAGUACGAUAGAAUGUUUUAGGUUAGGGUAGGGUGGGGUGGGGUGGGGUUGGGUAGGGUACGGUAGGGUACGGUAGGGUGGGGUAGGGUAGGGUAAGGCAGGGUAGGGAAGGGUAAAGUAGGCUAUGGCUAGGACAAUAAAAUCUUUGUUUUCAGAUUGUAUGUAAGCUGCCAAUGCCAAACACAGGUGAUGAACUACAUCAUUCAGGCUGGAACGCUUGUGCUGGCUGUAAAAACGACGAAACUGCUUGUAGAUCACAUUUGGUUCUACCGUGCCUUCACUCAUCCAAUAUUUAUAUAGUAGAUACGGAGAACCCAAGGGACCUUAAACUUCAUAAGGUACUGUAGCUUAACAUACCCUACCCUAUCUUACCCUAUCCUAUCCUAUCCUACCCUACUUUACCCUACCCUACCCUACUCUACCCAUGCCGACUAACCGUACUGCCAUGCCCUUUUAAACUAAACCCUUUUUCAGGAGAUCAACCACAAAGACCUAUCCCAUCUAAAUGUCACCUUCCUCCACACUUCUCACUGCCUACCCUCAGGCGACAUUCUAAUCAGCACGUUGGGUGAUAAUACCGGUAAAAACAAGGGUGAUAUGAUUCUACUGGACAGUAAAACCUUCCAAGUGAAGAAAUCAUGGUGUAAUACCAGCCGGCUGCCCAAAUUCCACUACGACUUUUGGUACCAACCCCGACUAAACGUCCUAAUCAGUACCGAAUGGGGCAAUCCAAAAGUCAUUAAGGAUGGAUUCGACCCAAAACAUGUAACACAAGGCUACUAUGGUAAUAGCGUACAUAUAUGGGACUAUACGACCGGUCGACCUUUACAGUGUAUCACCCUGGAUGGUCCUACUGGUUACCUGCCGCUGGAGGUUAGAUUUAAACAUAAGCCUACGGAAGCCCAUGCCUUUGUUGGAACGGCGUUGGGUAGUGCUAUCUAUCAUAUUUAUCAGGAGGAUGUAGGUCAUAUUGUUUUAGGCAUAAAAAGUUUAAAAAAAUGAGUUUUUGCUCUGUAAAGAAAGUUCUUGCCAUUUUUGAAUUGUAAAGAAAGUUCUUGCCAUUUUUUGUUUUGUAAAGAAAGUUCUUGCCAUGUUCAGUUCUGUAAACAAAGUUUUUGCACCAAAACUCACCAAAAAAUCAAAUUUCAGCCACGAGACCCCUGGCAACACGAACUCUCAAUUGCCAUACCCUCAAAAGAAGUAGAUGGCUGGAUACUACCAAAAAUGCCAGCCCUAGUAACUGAUAUUAUCAUAUCAAUGGACGACAAAUACCUAUAUGUAGCUUGUUGGUUAUUCGGCGAAGUCCGCCAGUACAAUAUAAAAGACCCUUUCAACAUCAAAUUGACCGGUCGAGCUUGUUUUGGAGGUCUGAUUCACUCGGAAAGUGACAUUAAGGUCACCAAUGACCCUGAGGGCCAUGUAAGUUUGUGGAAACAAAUUUUUUGCGGAUUUUUAACUUGAAAAAUUAUUGAAAAAUCAGAUUUUUCAAAGUUGUAGUUUGUAAAGAAAGUUUUUUCCAUUUUUCCACUCAUUUAUAAUAAAAAAUGUUAUCUUUGCACAGUGCACUAAGUUAAUUUCUUGCACCGUGCAACAAAUUUUGUUUUUAUCACAGGACAAUUUUUCGUAAAUUUUAGGUAACAAAUUUAGUCUCAGCUUCUAGUCUAGACUAAUAAAAAGCUAUUACAUCAGUUUUCUUUUUAAUUGCUUCAAAAAGAAUAGCACGAUGAAAUUUUAAAAAAGACUGCACCGUGCAAUUGAUUAAAGUUUUGCACGAUGCAUUGUUUGUUUUGUAAAGAAAGUUCUUGCCAUUUUUUAAAUUUAAAAUCGGGUAAAUAAACAUAAAUUUGUAGGACCGAGAAGCUCCACUACGAAUUCGCCACACUUUGGUACAAGGUGGUCCUCAAAUGAUGCAGUUGAGUUUAGAUGGACGUAGACUAUAUGUUACUAACUCGCUAUACUCCGUUUGGGACAAACAAUUUUAUCCGGAAUUGCCAAAGUAAGUCAAUAUAACCAUCCUACCCAGCCUUACCCUGACCUAUUCAUCCCCACCCUACCCUGCCUUACUCUACAGUUAAGUACCCUACCCUAACAUACUUUUUCCUACCCUACCUUACCGUACCCUCUCUACGCUACCCGAUAUGACCUUUUCCACAAAAAACACCUAAUUUUAUUACCUAAACUUCCAGGCAUGGCGGCCAAAUGCUUAAAAUUGAUGUUGAUGUAGAGAACGGCGGCAUCCAGGUGGACCCACUGUUCCUGGUCGAUUUUGGAAAAGUGAAAGAUGGGCCAUAUUGUCCUCACGAAAUGCGCUAUCCAGGUGGAGAUUGUACCUCCGACAUCUUUGUUUAG